AUGACUGAGUCCGCUCAUUUGACCGAUGGACUUUUUAACGUGAAAAGUGUAUGCGAAGUUUCUUUCGCCGACCUCGUAAAACCUACUCGUCUGAUUUUCAGCCGAGCCUUUUUCAUGCAAGUUCUAGUUUUCUUUUUAAUGUUCCUGUACUCAUUAGCGACAGUUUUAAGGGCGUACCGCGAGAAAAGGUUCAUGAGAAUGUUAAAAAAGAACCCUGUUGCGACCAGGAUUUUCGGCGCAACGACCCUGUUGUAGGCACCCAACGCUUUACCAAGACCAAAUCGACCGCGUACUACAACUCGCUAACAUACGCAUUGUCGCUAAUAAACAAUUCCUCCGAAGAAAUUUCGUCGACUGAUGAGGACAGCGAAGGAAAAGAAGUUGUUCGGUCAAACCAACCUCAAGGUAUAAUCUCUCGGAACACCCUCCAACAGUGCCCGCUCACAAACUUAUCCCCAGAACGCCAACCUGAUUUAGACCUUGAGUCCGAAACAGAUGAGGAAGAUCUAUUUCGGCAGAUGCAAGCGCUGGGGCUUCCUACUUGCUUUGGACGUCAACAGUAAGACCAACCUUUGUUUUCAUUCGUAGGCACCAUCGAAAAGCAGCAAGACCUCGGCGAACGGGAAACCCUGUGUACGGUUAGAAUUUAAUUCUGAUUACUUGGCUUGGUAACUUUAGUUAACACAAGAUUAUUUAGGUCUUUCAGCGGGAAAAGUAAAAAUUCCAUAAUGCUUGUAUUUACGUUACUACAUAUACCUCUGUCGUUUUAUCGCUCUGACCAAUGUGACUACUUGCCGUCCUCCUCCUCAAAGCUCUGCUAACCCACGUGAAAACUACUGUUCCGCCGUCACCAUCGACUGCCUGGUUUUACUUGGAGUCGCUCGCGACCCAGAGCCAAGGAAAUGCCCCUUACGGACGCACAGCGCUGAAAAUCUCACCGGUAAUUUUGUUUUCUUCAUGGUCCAUUUUAAACUGAUGAUACAGACCAAAUUUCCUCUAUUACGAGACACACCGUUAUGCGUAAACUUUUAUCCUUUCAAUUCAUAUCAUUUUUUUGUUUCGAACUCGUUUGUUUUUGAAAAUCACAUGAUUACCGAUCUACUAUGAUAGGCCACGGAUGUGUGGCACUCGAAAUAUCUUCCUCCAGAGUACCUUUUUAUGCAUCAGAAAAAGAGUUUAGCGUUAAUACAAUUUUUGCCUUUAUACAUAUUUUUGAAAACAUUUUCUCUCCCAAAAGGCCCCAAGUACCACAAUCCCCAUAUUACAGGUGACUUUGCGCCAUAGUUCAGGGGGUGGGGGGUCCAUUUUUUACAAUGUGUCCUUUUUACGCAUUUAAACAAAAAUGAAACGUAAGUACGAGUUUUCCUUCUUAUAUAUAUAUAUUUAUGAUAGUGGGCGCUCACCGGUCAGGUUACGGAACAUGCUCGUUCCGUUGUGCCUUGUGGCUCAUACUAGAACCCUCGCAGGCAGUCGCACAGCGACUAGUAGUAGAUAUAGAUGAGAUGGUACCGACAAAGACAAGGGAGACCGGAAUGGCCAUUUCUGGCUUAUUAGCCGUCAUCAGCCAGCCAUACCCAAGCCCGAAGUGUGGAUCAGUGGUAGAGCGUCAAAGUCCAUGACCAAAGAUCCCGGGUUCGAAUCUCAAGUGAUCCACACUUGGGGUUGGGUAUGACUGGCUGAUGACGGCUAAUAAGCCAGAAAUGGCCAUUCCGGUCUCCCUUGUCUUUGUCGGUACCAUCUCAUAUAUAUAUAUAUAUAUAUAUAUAUAUAUAUAUGCGUAAAUAUUGAAAGGUAGGCAUCCCAAGCGAUAUAAGUUGAAAAGAGGUGGGUUCUUUGGGACAAGAGGGUUUAUUGCGUAAAUUUUCGACGCUGGUUCCCCAGGUCGUCGUCAGACGCAAGCGGAAAGCAAAUGUGAAAGCAAGAAACAGCUAACGUCAAGAGUGCACAAAAAUCGAUACUUGCAUGGCGUGUGCGCCGGUUGGCGGCCGUCGUGUGUCAGUCUGAGCUGGUUGGUUCCCUUCUCUUCCAUUUCUCCUUCAGGUUUCUGUACACGGCAUCCAACUCGAUAUGCCGGUUGAUGCAUGA